UGGGGGUGGGGGGGGGGGGGGGGGAGGGAUGACGUUCAGGCUGCUGUGUCCAGCUGCACGGUGCAACAUUAAGUCGGAUCAGCUCCAUCAUCACCACCAUCAUCAGUCAACAUGCACAAAAUCACGUGACCGCCUCCUAUCCUGACAGCCGGGUGGCACCACCGCCAUCACCUCUCUCCUUGCGGUCCCGGUCCUCCGUCCUCCCAUAAGGAAUUUAUGAGCAGUGCUCGGCGCUUCACCUUGCAGCAGAACGCAUGAAAGGUCAAUGGAUCACACAAGUCAGAAACCACCCACGGCACUCUCACGUGUGCAACCCGGACCCUGUGGGCAAACCACACCAGGUCCAGGUCCACCUCGACGACCACCGGUCAUUGGACAAUCGGUGUCUGUGCAAGACAACCACCCUGCACUAAACCCUCAUGCGGCGAGAGACCAAAUCAAGUCCGGUUCACCCCCCGUGACGCUGACCAACAUAAGUCGACCGAGACCCACAGCCCUCGGGACUAAACCUGCUCCUAGACCCACCAGGAUCCCUCCCAAGGAUAUAGAUUUGAUGCCAGUCUGCAUCCCGGGACCUCAGAGUGCCAACAUGCUGCCUCGUUCCCCGACAGAGUCUUCGGUGUCUCCUCACAAUCCACAAGCCUCCCUGAGCCCCAAAUCAAGUCUCAAUCCUCCACCUCCCGUCAGUACAAUACAAGGGCAGAGUGACAAGAACGCCGGUGAUCACAAUGACUUCAGAGUCCACAUCGCCACAUGGAACGUGGGCUCGGCCGUCCCACCGGAUGAUGUCAGCGCUCUGUUUGAGCCCAAUGUGGCGGAUGGGAGCGUUGACUUGUUUGUCAUUGGGCUCCAGGAGGUGAAUUCCAUGAUCAACAAGCGGCUGAAGGAUGCUCUUUUCUCAGACCAGUGGAGUGAGCUCUGCAUGGACACGCUCAGUCCCUUUGGAUACGUCCUGGUGGCAUCGCAGCGGAUGCAGGGCGUGCUGCUGCUGGUCUUCUCCAAAUUUGUCCAUCUUCCAUUCCUCCGAGGCGUACAGACACAGAGCACUCGUACAGGACUCGGCGGGUGUUGGGGCAACAAAGGUGGCGUUAGCGCAAGGAUGACCGUGUUUGGACACCCCGUGUGCUUCCUCAACUGUCACUUGCCCGCUCACAUGAGGAACCUGGAGCAGAGGAUGGAGGACUUUGAGAGCAUCCUGCAGCAGCAGCAGUUCGAAGGAGGGGCCGCCACAGGGGUGCUGGAUCACGACGUUGUGUUUUGGUUCGGAGAUCUAAAUUUCCGAAUUGAAGAUUAUGACAUCCAUGUGGUGAAAUGUGCAAUUGACAGCAAUAAGCUCCCUCUACUGUGGGAGCGAGAUCAGCUCAACAUGGCCAAAAGCACAGAAUCCAUCCUGGAAGGCUUCUUGGAGGGUCCGCUCAAAUUCCCGCCCACGUAUAAGUUUGAUGUGGGCACACACACCUAUGACACAAGCGCAAAAAAGAGGAAGCCCGCAUGGACCGAUCGUAUCCUCUGGCGCCUCCGCCGCACCGGCUCCCCCGUUCCUACCCACAAUGCAGCACUUCAGAGGGGUCUGACCUCCUGGCUGGGCGGCGCAACCAAAGUGACGCAGCGCGCUUACAAGAGUCACAUGGCCUUCACCAUCAGUGAUCACAAGCCAGUGUCGGCCAUGUUUUCCCUGCAGUUCCCAUUCCGGGUGGACAUGCCUCUGGUGGAGAUGCAGGCCAACAAGGAAUGGUUCAAAGUCUCCGAUGCCACCGUCAAGUUCACUUUUGCAUCCGGCUAUCAUCGCAGCUCUUGGGACUGGGUAGCAAUAUAUAAGGUUGGAUUCAGACACUACAAAGAUUACCAAGCGUAUGUGUGGGCCAAGGGGGAGCAUUCAGGGCAGGUGUCUUUUUCAGAGGAGGAUUUGCCAAGAGAUGAUUGUGAAUACAUCCUUGGCUUCUACAGUAAUAAUAUGAACAGCAUUGUUGGAUUGUCGACAAACAUCCAGAUCAAGCUUCCAAUCCACAGCCCAUCAGCACACCGCUCCGACAGCUCCGAGAUGAGCUCGGAAGACGACAGCACUUUAGUCUUGCUGGCUCCAAAUUCCCGCAGCCCGAGCCCCAAACCCUUGAAGCAUCAUCACUGCCGCCACCGUCGCAGCCGCAGCCCCGCCGUCCCGGCUCUCUCGUCCAAUCCCCUCCCUUCCCUGCAAGGUCUCAGCCUGUGUCCUCUACCCAAAGAGACAGGUAGCCGCUCACCCGGUUCCACCUCUAAAAAGGAACGACUGUUUUCCACCGGUUCUCUGUCGUCUCCAUCCGUCAGCCCUCUCAGUCCCCGGAGCCCCCUGUCUCCGGGCAGUGGGGUCACGGCACCGGAGGCCCUGAUCGCUGCCAUGUUAGGGGAGCAUAGGCCUGCUCAGGUAAGCCCCAUGGAGCUCAAACAGUUUGGACAUGUAGGGAGAAACAAUCCUUCAUAGAGGAGAUGAUGGCUGAAGUAUGUUAUGGAGUCACAUCUCUCUGACAAGUGCUUUAAUGUGUAGAAACACAUAUUGAAUGUGACGCUAAACAUGCUAGCAAGGCAAAAUCAAUCCGGUGUAUUUGAUAUGUGUGCUGGAAAAGGUGCAUUUAGGAAUUAGAAGAGGGUUUCAAAUCGAACCAUCGUCCGUAUUCAUGCCAAAUUUAACAUUAAAUUAUUUGAACAACAUCAGCGAUGUAGAAAAUGGAUGGCUGGAAUUGCAACUCGGAAAGAAACUAUUAGAUUGGGGGUGGGCAAAGUAUGGCACGCUCGCCAAAUGCGGCUUAUGCUGUUACGUUCAUCGGGCCCACCAAGCAGUGACAAAAAGUAGACACGUUUUUAGACUAAAUCUAACUCUUGGUAGAGGUGAUGUCAUGAGAAUUUGGUGUAUUUGAUCAAGGUUAGCUACCAUCCCACAAUGGCGCCAACGCCCUACCACGCCCAAUUCGACCCCGAUUAGUUUUUUGUGUGUGGUUUCCUUGAAAAAUCAUCUGUUUACAUUCUUCUUGCCCGUCUGCGUUUGCUAAUAAAGACUAAAAAAAACAUAA